AUGGCUAAGAGAAUAGCGUUCGAGGUUUACGGGCUCGUCCAAGGCGUUUGUUUCCGCGACUUCACUCAGAGACGAGCCAACAGCUAUGGGAUAACAGGCUGGUGCAGAAACACCGCCCAAGGAUCUGUCCAGGGCGAGGCUCAGGGAGAAGAGGAGCCCCUUGGCAAGCUGAUGAAAGACAUCUCUUCAGGCCCAAGCCACGCACGGGUAGACGGAGUUGAUAAGACCGAUAUCGAGCUCAAGGAGGGCGAGACGAAGUUCCAGGUUGUUCGGUAA